AAUGUUAACUGCAACUCCCACAACUGCUACGACAUCACCUUCGAUUCCGAUCAAAUCAAAACCACCAUCACCUCCUCUCCAUACAUGGUCGACCACUGGAUCUCCCGAAUCCUCCGCUUCCACCGCCGCCGCCUCCACCGUCUCCUCGUCGGUCUCGACGUCGAGUGGCGCCCUAACUUCAAUCGCUCUCGCCGGAACCCCGCCGCCACAUUGCAGCUCUGCGUCGGCCGCCGAUGCCUCAUUUUCCAACUCAUUCACGCCCCUGAAAUCCCCCACUCUCUGCUCCACUUUCUCGGCGACGAAACCUUCACUUUCGUCGGCGUCGGAAUCGAUCAGGACGCUCGGAAGCUGUUCGACGACUACGAUUUGACUGUGAACAACGCUGUCGAUCUCCGGUCUAUGGCUGUGGAUCGGACGGGAAGGAGGGAUUUGAGGAACGCAGGGCUGAAGGAUUUGGCCAGAGAGAUUCUUGGGAGGGAGAUCGCGAAGCCGAAGGCCGUGACGAUGAGCAGAUGGGACGACGAAUAUCUAACUUCCGCUCAGGUAGCGUAUGCUUCCAUUGACGCGUUUCUGUCUUUUGAAAUUGGAAGGUCUCUGUCCAGUUAGAUUCGAAUUUGUGAAAGGGGCUUUCAAUGGCUGUUUGUUAGGGUUCUUCAUUUUCUUCGAUUGCGGUUUGUUAGGAUUUGAUUGUUACAGCUUUUCAUUUGGUUUUGGAUUUCCAUUGUAAAUCUGGUUGCUUCU